GGCUAACGCCCGAGAACAACCCCAUCUUCAAAUUGUUCAUAGUCGGGGGUUUAUCUGCAAACAAAAAAAAUAUAAUCGGAGAGUCCCAGUCCCCUCUCUGCACUUCUCCGAUCCCUACGAACCCUCAAAAUCUUUCACACAAUCAUUCAAACCUCACAGAAAUGGCGUCCACGAGCUUGGGCAUUCGAGCCCUCUGCCCUCAAAUCCCCAUUUCCAUCCUUUCAUCAUCAUCUUCUUCAUCCCUCUCUCAAAGGAGAGCCCCAACGAGCUACACUGUUCUCCGAGCAAAGGCCGCGGCGGCGGCUCCUCCGACGCCACCGCUAGACCCUAAAGACCCGUUCUUGUCGAAGCUCGCCUCCAUUGCAGCCGCCAAUCCCGACCUCGUCACCAUGCCGCCGUCAUCGAAUUCGGAGAUUCCCCCUUUUCUUGAGCUCUUUGAUAGCCCCAAGCUCAUGGCCGCGCCUGCCCAGGUUGAACGAUCUAUUUCCUACAAUGAACACAGGCCGAGAAAGCCUCCUCCGGAUUUGCCAUCGCUACUCCUUCAUGGACGUAUUGUCUACAUUGGCAUGCCAUUGGUGCCAGCUGUCACAGAGCUUGUAAUUGCUGAGUUAAUGUACCUGCAAUGGAUGGACCCAAAGCAACCAAUUUAUCUAUACAUCAAUUCUACUGGAACAACCCGUGAUGAUGGUGAAACUGUUGGCAUGGAGAGUGAAGGUUUUGCUAUAUAUGAUGCCAUGAUGCAGUUAAAAAAUGAGAUUCAGACUGUAGCUGUGGGAGCUGCAAUAGGCCAGGCCUGCUUACUUUUAGCUGCUGGGAAGAAAGGUAGAAGAUUUAUGAUGCCUCAUUCCAAAGCAAUGAUUCAGCAGCCCCGUGUCCCAUCAUCUGGUCAGAUGCCAGCAAGUGAUGUUCUUAUUCGAGCAAAAGAGGUUAUAACCAACAGGGAUACACUCGUUAAACUUUUAGCGAAGCACACUGGAAAUUCUGUGGAGACAGUAUCAAAGGUGAUGAGAAGGCCAUUUUAUAUGGACUCAAUGAAAGCUCAGGAAUUUGGUGUCAUUGAUAAGAUUCUCUGGCGUGGUCAAGAGAAGAUCAUGGAUGAUGCUCCUUCUCCUGAAGAAUGGGAUCGAAAAGCAGGAAUCAGAGUUGUUGAAGGGAUUUAAUAUUUUCCGCCAUUCUAGUGCCUAUUUGAUAAUCUCUUAACAGGCUCUAUAUGGGUGCAAGGAUAUAUGUUCUUAGCAAUGAUUGAGAUUUUGAUCUGAUGAUGGAAAAAUGGAGAAGACUUGGCAAUGCAGUGUUCAGUGAAAACGAGCUCCUCAUCGAUCUGAUUCAUUGCAAAAUAAGUGGCAUCAUUGUCUUUAAUACUUCAGUGGGAUCUAAAGCUUGCCAAACUAUGGUAUUUGUCAAUAGUUGCCCAUGGGUAGGCUUUAAAUGAACAUACAAGACUGUUUCUUUUGGAAGGAAAGAGCAGCAAGAUGUUUCUUGUAUAGUGUAUUCCUUUAUUGUCCAGGCAAAGAUAACAAGAUUUUAACUAUUUGCUUCUGUUAUUUAAUUAUGUGAGUUCCCCAUAUGCAUUGAUUUUUGUUAUUUUACGGGCUUUUUGUUUUUUGAAUGAAUAUUUUAAGGCCUUUGGAUCUGGUCAAUUAUGCACCCUUAUGUCUUGAUUUUUGAAC